AUGGGGCCGGCACCAGCCGGAGCAACUGGGGAGUCAGAGGUGAUGGAGCCAAUUUUGGAAAGCAUAGGCAAGGGAGGGAAGAAGGCGUCCUCAAAGAAACGCACGGUGGCUGGGUCUCCAGUGGAGGGCCUCUUGCAGCCAGUGAAGCUCAGCAGGGCAGAGCUAUACAAGGAGCCCACCAGUGAGGAGCUGAAUCGCCUUCGGGAAACUGAGAGCCUGUUCCAUUCCAGCCUGCUUCGUUUACAGGUAGAGGAGCUACUAAAGGAAGUGAGACUGUCAGAGAAGAAGAAGGAACGCAUUGAUACCUUCCUACAGGAGGUCAAGCAGAGAAUCCUGAGGGUGCCCUCAACCCCUGAGACAGAGCUGAUGGAUCAGGCAUGGCUCCCAGCUGGGGUUCGUGUUCCCAUCCACCAAGUGCCUUUUACUGUGAAGGGCUGUUUUCGCUUCCUGCCCCCAGUCCAGGUCACCAUUGUGGGCAGCUACCUUCUGGGCACCUGCAUCCGACCGGACAUCAAUGUGGAUUUGGCGCUGACCAUGCCCAGGGAGAUCCUGCAGGACAAGGACGGGCUGAACCAGCGCUACUUCCGCAAGCGUGCCCUCUACUUGGCCCACAUGGCUCACUACCUAGCCCAGGACCCCCUCUUUGGCAGUGUUCGCUUCUCCUACAGCAAUGGCUGCCACCUAAAACCCUCACUACUGCUGCGGCCGCAUGGGAAGGAUGAGCGCCUGGUUACUGUACGUCUACAUCCGUGUCCCCCACCUGAGUUCUUCCGCUUAUGCCGCCUGCUGCCAACCAAGAACAACGUACGCUCUGCCUGGUACCGAGGGCAGAGUCCUCCAGGGGAUGGGAGCCCAGAGCCCCCAACACCCCACUACAACACAUGGGUCCUGCAGGACACAGUCCUUGAGUCCCAUGUGCAGCUGCUGUCUGCUGCCCUGGGAUCAGCCCCAGGACUGAAGGAUGGUGUGUGUCUUCUGAAGGUCUGGCUGCGGCAGCGGGAGCUGGACAAGGGACUGGGUGGGUUCAGCGGGUUCCUGGCCACCAUGCUGGUUACCUUCCUCACAUCCACACGCAAAAUUCAUACCACCAUGAGCGGCUACCAGGUCCUGAGAAGCGUCUUGCAGUUUCUGGCUACCACAGAUCUGACAGUCAGUGGGAUCAGUUCAUGUCUUAGCUCGGAUCCUUCCUUGCCCGCCCUGGCUGACUUCCACCAGGCCUUCCCUGUUGUCUUCCUGGAUUUCUCGGGCCAUCUCAACCUCUGUGCUGAUGUUACUGCCUCCACUUACCACCAGGUGCAGCACGAGGCACGGCUGUCCAUGACAUUGUUGGACAGCAAAACAGAUGACGGGUUCCAGCUGUUGCUGAUGACUCCCAAACCAAUGGUCCGGACUUUUGACCACAUCCUCCAUCUCCGCCCACUGAGUCGUCUGCAGACGGCUUGUCACCGGUUGAAGCUGUGGCCUGAGCUGCAAGAUCAUGGCGGGGACUAUGUCUCAGCUGCUUUGGGCCCCCUCAUUACCCUCCUGGAGCAGGGCCUGGGAUCCCGGCUGCAGCUGCUGGGCCACUCUCGGCCUCCAGUCCCGGAGUGGGGAAUCCACCAGGAUCCUCCCAAGCACAGAGACUCCGGAGCCCUGACCCUGGGAUUGCUCCUGCGUCCUGAAGGGCUGACCAGUGUCCUGGAGAUGGGUCCAGAGGCUGACCAGUCUGAGGCUGCUGUUUUCCGCCAACUGUGGGGUUCCCGCUCAGAGCUCCGGCGUUUCCAAGAUGGUGCCAUUCGGGAAGCUGUGGUCUGGGAGGCAGCCUCGGUAGCUCAGAAGCGCCUUAUUCCCCAGCAGGUGGUCACCCACCUCCUAGCACUUCAUGCAGACAUCCCAGAUACCUGUGUCCACUAUGUGGGGGGCUUCCUGGAUGCAUUGAUACAAGGCCCGAAGGAGACCUCCAGCACAGGGGAGGAAGCCCUGGCAGCUACAGUGCGUUGCUACGAUGACCUCAGCCGCCUGCUGUGGGGGCUGGAGGACCUCCCACUGACUGUCUCUGCUGUUCAAGGUGUUCACCCAGUGCUGCGAUACACGGAGGUAUUCCCACCACUGCCUGCCUGGCCAGCCUAUUCCUUUUAUGAGCGCCUUCGAGAGCAGGCCUCACUGGCGCCCCGGCCCGACAAGCCCUGUCCAGCCUAUGUGGAACCUAUGACUGUGGUGUGCCACUUGGAGGGCAGUGGUCAGUGGCCUCAGGAUGUUGAGGCCGUGCGACGGGUCCGAGCUGCCUUCCAACUUCGCCUGGCAGAGUUACUAACCCAGAAACAUGGGCUGCGGUGCCAAGCCACCGCCACGCACACAGAUGUCCUCAAGGAUGGAUUCGUGUUCCGGGUACGGGUGGCUUACCAGCGGGAGCCCCAGAUCCUGAGGGAGACACGAAGCCCUGAGGGGGUGAUGUCACUGAGGGAUACACCUGCCUCCCGCCGCCUUGAGAGGGACACGAAGCAGUUGCCCCUGCUCACCAGCGCCCUGCAUGGACUCCAGCAGCAGCACCCAGCCUUCUCGGGUGUGGCUCGGCUGGCCAAGCGGUGGGUUCGCGCCCAGCUCCUGGGGGAGAGCUUCUCUGAUGAGAGCCUGGACCUGGUGGCUGCUGCCCUCUUCCUGCACCCUGAACCCUUCUCUCCACCCAGCUCCCCCCAGGUUGGCUUCCUUCGGUUUCUCUGCCUGGUAUCAACCUUUGAUUGGAAGAACAACCCCCUCAUUGUCAACCUCAACAACGAGCUCACUGUGGAGGAGCAGGUAGAGAUCCGAAGUGGCUUCCUGGCAGCUCGGACACAACUCCCUGUAAUGGUCAUCACUACUCCCCAGGACCGUAAGAGUUCUGUAUGGACACAAGAUGGACCCUCAGCCCAGAUCCUACAGCAGCUCGUGAUCCUGGCAGCUGAGGCCUUGCCCAUCCUAGAGAAGCAGCUAAUGGAUCCCUGGGGGCCUGGGGACAUCAGAACAGUGUUCCGGCCACCUUUGGACAUGUAUGAUGUGCUAAUCCACCUGUCUCCCCGUCACAUUCCCCGCCACCGCCAAGCUGUGGACUCACCGGCUGCCUCCUUCUGCCGUGGCCUGUUCGCUGAUCCCCGACCCUCACCCUUGAUGCCUGUGCUGGGUUAUGAUCCUCCCCAGCUCUAUCUGGCGCAGCUCAGAGAGGCCUUUGGGGAGCUGGCCCUCUUCUUCUAUGACCAGCAUGGUGGUGAAGUGAUUGGCGUUCUCUGGAAGCCUACCAGCUUCCAGCCCCAGCCCUUCAAGGCCUCCAGCACAAAGGGACGCAUGGUGAUGUCUCAAGGUGGGGAGCUGAUGAUGGUGCCCAAUGUGGAAGCAAUACUGGAGGACUUUGCCGUGCUGGGCGAAGGCCUGGUGCAGACUGUGGAGCCUCGAAGUGAGAGGUGGACUGUGUGA